GAUUCAUUAAAGAUUUAUCGCAAUGAUUGGUUCCAUCUCUAUCUCAAAUCUCAACAUCUCCAGAGCAAUGACAUUUGCUUGUCAUGUCAUUCAAAGGUCACCUUGGUGAAGUUCAGAUUUUGAAUUUUGUGAUUUUGUUAAAUUUUUUUCGGUGUCGGGUUAAAUUGUAAAAUUAAAAACGAUGGAAGCUGCUACGACCCAGAGAUUUAUUGGGCGCGGGUCCCACAAGGGGAAGGGCCUGGCAGUGUUCACCAGCGGUGGUGACUCCCAGGGUAUGAACGCUGCAGUGCGUUCAGUAGUGCGAAUGGGUAUUUACCUUGGCUGCAAGGUAUACUUUAUUCGGGAAGGAUAUCAAGGGAUGGUCGACGGAGGUGAUAACAUUGAGGAGGCAAACUGGUCUUCUGUCAGUUCAAUCAUUCAUAAAGGUGGCACUAUUAUUGGAUCAGCUCGAUGCAUGGAGUUCAUAAAGCGAGAAGGCCGUCUUAAAGCUGCCUACAACUUAGUAACUCGUGGUAUCACCAACUUGGUGGUGAUUGGUGGUGAUGGUUCCUUGACUGGUGCCAAUUUGUUCCGUGAGGAAUGGUCGAGCCUGCUCGAUGAACUACUUGCCAACAAUAAGAUUACCAAAGACCAGAGAGAGAAAUACAAGUACUUGCACAUUGCUGGAAUGGUGGGUUCCAUUGACAAUGACUUCUGUGGUACAGACAUGACAAUAGGCACAGACUCAGCCUUGCACCGCAUCAUCGAAGCUAUUGAUGCUAUUGUAAGCACUGCAUACUCCCAUCAGAGAACAUUUAUUAUGGAAGUCAUGGGCAGACAUUGUGGUUAUCUGGCAUUAGUGGCCGCUCUGGCGAGCGAGGCAGAUCAAGUAUUCAUUCCUGAGGACCCUGUUCCCAAUAAUUGGGUUGAAAAGCUUUGCAAAAGAUUGGCUCAGGAAAGGAAAUCUGGCCAGCGUCUGAACAUUAUCAUUGUAGCUGAGGGUGCUAUUGACCGCGAAGGUAAGCCUAUCACGGCGGAGCUGGUGAAGAAAGUUGUGGUGGACAAUCUGCAGCAGGACACGCGUAUCACUGUGCUGGGUCAUGUACAGCGUGGAGGAUCACCUUCAGCUUUCGAUAGGAUCUUGGGUUGCCGUAUGGGUGCUGAAGCGGUAAUGGCUCUGAUGGAAGCCACCCCUGAGACGGAGCCCUGCGUUGUGUCGCUGGACGGUAACCAAGCCGUGCGCCUACCUCUCAUGGAGUGUGUGCGACGUACUAAGGCUGUCGCUCAGGCUAUGGCUGACAAAAACUGGGAUCUAGCUGUGCAACUGCGCGGGCGCAGCUUUGCUCGCAACUUGGAGACGUACAAAAUGUUGACCCGCUUGAAGCCACCCAAGGAGGCGUUCGAUGCGUCUGGCAAACCUGCUGAAGGUUUGACCCUAGCCGUGAUGCACGUCGGCGCGCCGGCUUGCGGUAUGAACGCGGCGGUGCGUUCCUUCGUACGAAACUGUAUCUACCGCGGAGACACGGUGCUCGGCAUCCACGACGGUAUCGAGGGCUUCAUCAGUGGCAACAUCGUCAAUAUGGAAUGGUCUGAUGUAACGGGCUGGGUAGCUCAGGGAGGUGCCUUCCUCGGCACUAAACGUACGCUGCCCGGCGACAAGAAGGCGGAAAUCGCGGCUCGCAUCAAGCAGUUCAAUAUUCAAGGUCUUCUCAUCAUUGGAGGAUUUGAGGCUUACCAAGCCGCCCUGGAGAUCUACGAGGGUCGUGCCCAGUUCCCUGAGUUCUGCAUCCCGUUGGUGGUGAUCCCGUCCACCAUCAGUAACAACGUGCCCGGAACUGACUUCUCUCUCGGAUCCGACACUGCGCUCAACGAGAUCACCGAGAUCUGCGACCGUAUCCGACAAUCUGCUCAGGGAACUAAACGCCGUGUAUUCGUUAUUGAGACCAUGGGAGGGUACUGCGGCUACUUGUCUACUCUGGCAGGUUUGGCGGGUGGCGCGGACGCUGCGUAUAUCUACGAAGAGAAGUUCUCCAUCAAGGACUUGCAACAAGACGUAUACCACAUGGCUUCUAAGAUGACAGGCGGCAUUCAGCGUGGUCUCAUUCUGCGUAAUGAGAAAGCUAAUGAUAACUACAAUACGGACUUCAUUUACCGUCUGUAUUCUGAGGAGGGCAAGGGGCUGUUCACUGCUAGGAUGAAUGUGCUUGGUCACAUGCAACAAGGUGGAUCUCCAACGCCUUUCGAUCGUAACAUGGGAACCAAGAUGGCAGCCAAGUGUCUGCACUGGUUGGUCGAGACCAUCCAGAAGGGACCGGCCAACACUCCCGACUCCGCCUGUCUGCUGGGCAUCGUUAAGAGACAGUACAAGUUCUCUCCCCUUGAGGACUUGAAGGCGCAGACUAACUUUGCCCAGAGAAUACCGAAGCAGCAGUGGUGGAUGAAACUGCGUCCAUUGCUCCGUAUCCUGGCGAAGCACGAGUCUACCUACGAGGAAGAGGGCAUGUAUAUGACAGUGGAACAAGGAGAGAUCGACUCCGAAAAUGUUAUAUAAAAUGUCCCAGAGAUUCACAUCCACCGAAAAUGUUAUAUUACACAAUUCAUAGCUAAAAUAUACAUCUGUUGUUUUUUGGGGGUAUACUCAUCUAAUCACAGGCUAAUCUGUUUGGUCUGUGUAAUUUAGAUAAACUAAAAAGGUCCUGUGUACACAUUUUACGUGACCUUAAAGAUUAGAUAAUCAUUUUAAAUAAUUGUGUGCUUAUUGUGUAUAUGUGUAGCACUCUUCUGUUAUGCCCUACUUCGUUCACAAAUCACGUGUGUACAUAGGGCCUUACUAUUUAUUUUAUUUAUUUAGUAAUGUUGCAAAGGUGCAUAACUUGUAUGCUUCUUCUAAAUGUCGUUAUUGUAAUCUCCAGUAGACAAGUUAUAUUCACUACACGGUGCACUAGGAUUUAUUCUCGAAAUUAUUAAUUUAAAUUGUGUAUAUUGAUGUCCAAAAAGUAUUAGAAGCGAUUGUAGAUUUUAUGUAAAAGACGAAAAGAAAACUGAUUCUUAUUCUGCCAUUUUAGUUUUUAGGGAAUAAUAUUAUUAUUAACUUUCAUGACAUUCAUUUAAAGAGGUUGAAGUUCGAGGCUUUCCAUUUCAAUACAUUGUGUGAUUUAAUGGCUUUAUUUCAGUUACCACAGACACAUAAAGUAAAUAUAUUUUUAAUGUUACAUCGUAGAUGUAUUCAGCGUGCUAUUACAGUGUAACUAACUUUAUAUAACACAUAAGUACAGCAUUACAACAACACUGAGUGGCUGUGGACUGACUGUUUCUUUUUGUGAAAAUAAUGGUGUUAAUUUAUUUUACUAGGAUCACUUUUAUAAUUUAUUUAGGGAGAUGAAUAUAUGAGAUUCUUAUUUUAAGAUUUUGUUUUUGAAAUGUUUUAUUAUAUUGAUUGGCUACCGAGUAUUUUGUAUCAGAGAUUAUGUUAUAAGAAUUAUGUAGACAAUAAGAGUAAAUUGAUAGAAAUUAUUAUAUUAGACAGUAUUUCAUGAGAUAUCGUUAUUCAUGUAAUCAAAUUAUGAAAAAUUAUAAGUUUUUGUCAUGUUGAUGACACGUGAAAUUUACAAUAAAAGUUAUUGUCGUA